UUCUAGGUGCUGGAGAUCAAGCUGUGAACAAGAUUGACUGCACCUCUGUGGAGGACAAGAGGGAGAUACAUAGUAUAUUCACAAAUAAGUUAUAAGAAAUAGGAGGAGCAGCUGUUUUUAUGCGGAGUGGUAAUUGCCCUUCCUUUUUGGCUGCUGCUUUAGCCAGAGCCACAGCAGACAAAGUCCUUCAGAGUGACCUUUCUGCACAUUAUCUCCCAAAGGAAACAGAUGGCACAGAAGGGACUGUGGAGAUCGAAACAAUGAAAUUGGCCCGUUCUGUCUUCAGCAAACUACACGAGAUUUGCUGCAGCUGGGUGAAAGACUUCCCUCUCCACAGGAGACCCCAGCUUUAUUAUGAGACAUCAAUCCAUGCCAUCAAAAACAUGCGCAGGAAAAUGGAAGACAAACACGUCUGCAUUCCUGACUUUAAUAUGCUCUUCAAUCUAGAGGACCAGGAAGAACAAGCCUACUUUGCAGUGUUUGAUGGCCAUGGGGGAGUGGAUGCUGCCAUUUAUGCCUCCAUUCACCUGCACGUUAAUUUAGUCCGCCAGGAGAUGUUCCCCCACGAUCCUGCUGAGGCCCUGUGCCGGGCCUUCCGGGUCACUGAUGAGCGGUUUGUGCAGAAAGCAGCCAGGGAGAGUUUAAGAUGUGGGACCACAGGAGUAGUGACUUUCAUCAGAGGGAACAUGCUCCAUGUGGCCUGGGUUGGGGAUUCCCAGGUCAUGCUCGUGAGAAAAGGGCAAGCGGUUGAGCUAAUGAAGCCACACAAACCGGACAGGGAGGAUGAAAAGCAGCGAAUUGAGGCUCUUGGAGGUUGUGUAGUCUGGUUUGGUGCCUGGAGGGUGAAUGGAAGUCUGUCGGUCUCCCGAGCUAUUGGAGACGCUGAACAUAAGCCAUAUAUCUGUGGGGAUGCAGAUUCUGCCUCAACUGUUUUGGAUGGGACUGAAGACUACCUCAUUCUGGCCUGUGAUGGCUUCUAUGACACCGUGAAUCCUGAUGAGGCAGUCAAAGUUGUAUCUGACCACCUGAAGGAGAAUAAUGGAGACAGUAGCAUGGUUGCCCACAAAUUAGUUGCAUCAGCUCGUGAUGCUGGGUCAAGUGAUAACAUCACUGUUAUUGUGGUAUUCCUGAGGGACAUGAACAAAGCUGUAAAUGUUAGUGAGGAAUCAGAUUGGACAGAGAACUCUUUUCAAGGAGGGCAAGAAGAUGGUGGGGAUGAUAAGGAGAAUCAUGGAGAGUGCAAACGCCCUUGGCCGCAGCACCAGUGCUCAGCACCAGCCGAUCUAGGCUAUGAUGGGCGCGUGGAUUCAUUCACUGAUAGAACUAGCCUGAGCCCAGGGUCCCAAAUCAACGUGCUGGAAGACCCGGGCUACCUAGAUCUCACACAAAUAGAAGCAAGCAAACCUCACAGUGCCCAGUUUUUGCCACCAAUUGAGAUGUUUGGUCCUGGUGCACCAAAGAAAGCAAAUUCUAUUAAUGAGCUAAUAAUGGAGAAAAAAUCAGUUCAAUCAUCAUUGCCUGAACAGAGUGGUGCUGGAGAGUUUCCCUCUUUUAAUUUGGGUUCAACAGGGCAGCAGAUAUACAGAAUGGAGAGCUUGUCUCCUGUCUGUCCUAGGUUGGAAGAGGAACAGUUCAAAUUCCUGGGAAAGAGAGUUUCCAGAUUGUCUCAUUUACGCUAUCGUUAUUCAAAGAGACGGCACGGAUUCAGGUUUAAUCCAAAGUUGUAUUCAUUUAUGUCUGCUCAAGAGCCUUCCCGCAAAAUAGGCACUAGUCUCUCCUCACUUAUUCGAAGUGGGAAGAGAACUAGGUUGUUCAGAAGUUUUCUGCCGUGGAGGCAAAAUAUUUGGAAAGGAUAUAGUGCAAACAUGAUGAGGAAGCUCGGAAAGAGUAACGAUACUCCAGAUCCAGGCCUUCCCUCGAGCUACAAAAUAUAAAACUUCCCCUUUAAAGUAGGCUAGCUAGCUCUCCUCCAAUAAAAACACCACCGUCAGAGUAGAAACAAGGUAGACAUUUCUGAAAUAUAUGUGCUUCAUUAUGAAACCAUGGAUGGCUCAAUUCUUAAAUGUAAAUACAUCUCUAGGAAACUCAAAGUAGUGUUUUCAAUCUAAAACAAAAAAAAGUACUGGCGGUUUCACUAGCAAAAUUAUACAACUGGUCCCUGUGAUGUGUCUCCACACCUACAUACAACUCCCACUUACUACCCCUUCACAUCACUAGUGGAAGUUUGUGAGUUAUUUUAGUCAGGAUAUCUAGUGUUGAAGUCUCAAUGCAGGUGAAAUCUGGUUUAAUGUGCCUAAUAUAUCUAUGGAAAACUUAAAGCAGAAUCAGAUGUAGUUGGGGGAUGUUCCUCAAAAGACUGGGGACUAUGAGGGAAACCCUCCUCUCUUUUUUCAUUUGGUAAAAGACUAAAAGCCAUAUGGGUUUUAAUUGGUUACAAUGAAAGUAGAAAACUAGCAUAAAAGUGUCAUAUUUUCUGCCUUGUGAGGUGGUAUAUAAUCAAAAAGACUGAUUUUUUUUCCUGUAACAUAAAAGAUAAAAAUUUUCUGAAUUAAAAAGUACUUCCUAGGGCUGUGUAGCUAUUUGGGAGUUUCAUAACCUGUUAUGGUGCUUUUGGUGGGAUUUUUAUUAUUUGUUAUUUUAGAAGACCGCUGUCAACUGGUUUUAACCUAUGAUGCUGUUUUUCACUGUACCUUCAUCUCAGGAACAAAACUGGUUUAAUGGAGAUGAUGUUAGGUACAAAUAUACUAGAAUCAAGUUGCCAUUUAAAAAAGAAAAAUCAAAUAGUAUUUCUAUUUUUUCUGCCUUUUUUUUCCCCCUUAAGUUAACAGACAGCAAAGGCAUAUACUACUACAAAAUAAAAAGUGGUUUUGGAGAAUGAAAAAUACUGGUUUUAACUUCUCUAAAAUUGUUUCUCCCAAGGGAAUGAAAUAACUGGUGUGAAAGAGGUUGAAAGUACUGCCUAAAGUGAGCCCAGAGGCCAAGUGCAAAGGAGAAGGCAGGUAAACGGAGACUGAGGUCUAUUUAGUUAGGAAUGGAGAAAGCUCCACAGUCCUGCUCCAUGCCACUUCAGACUGCAGAGAGGAUGUCUUUCUCAUUUCAAUACUUACAUUUGAUAAUUUGAAGUUGUCUGCUUUUUGCCGUUCUGUAGUUUCAAGCUACAAGCGUAUCUUCAACUAAAGACAGCAAAUAAACUCGUAAUCAGAUUCAGUCAGUGAAGCAGCCUCUGAUUCUCUUGAGAAUCAUGAAUAUCACCACAUGACCUCCUUCCCUCCCCUAGUCAACUGUGGACCAGCCAUGCCAAUGGAUAGGAGCUGCCCCUCACUCACUCCACUUGGCGGGGGGGGGAUGGACCAAAUGCUCUUGCCAAGAAACGUCCACUGCCUGUGUUUUUACAAAAUAAUACAAUUACUUUAUGUUCCCCAGACCCAUAAUGGAAACUCAGAUUCCUAGGCUUUAAAACUAAAAGACCACAGCAUGUUCUGGACGCCAGUGUAGCUACGGCAAAUACACAAAAACUUCACUUCACCAAUGAUCAGAUUAAUCCGUACAUUUUAUUUUUAAGAAUUUGGGUGUAAGUA